CACGCUAUUGAGGGGGCGCCACUGCAGUGUAGAAAUAUACUGCAUCAUUUAUAUUUCUUUUAAAAUUGAGUCAUAAUCACUCGGACCUUAUAUUUAUCAUAUAUUUAAUAACAAGGUUUUCACCCGAAUGUUACUUAGAGCAAUUGAAGAUUUACUAGUAGUACGCUUCCGUGAAAGAGGGUCUAAGGCCUAGUGAGAUUCGGGAGAAGUUUCGACGAGCCAAAGGAUUAUCAAUUUGAGUUGUGACUGUGGAGACCAAAGAGACUCUUUGGUGGGGACCACGAGUAAGAGUGGAAAUUGAAUAGAGUGGGGAGUCCCAUUUCACGGUCCCUUUCCGACUUUACAGCAAUUUAGGUCAUUUGAUGUUGGAUAAUUGUUCCGCAUAGUCAUCAUAAAGUAUCAAAUUCUUUAGCACUGACUCAUAUCCCAGGGAUCCCAGUUGUGGCGAUAUUAUAGUAUCAUACGUCACUAGUCUCGAACAACGGACCAUCCAUCAUCCAAACUCCGAGUCCACCGCCUAUGUCACGUUCAUUAUCCUAUGAAUUAAUAAUAAAUUCUCUGAAUUAAUCUUGGCCGAAGACGAUAAAAUCUACACUUGAAAGUUGCAAUGGCGUCGUACUCAGAGGAUCAGUUGGCGGAGUUUCAAGAGGCAUUCCAGCUCUUUGACAGCCGCGGAGAUGGUAAAAUCCAUGUCUCCCAGAUUGGCGAUGCUCUGAGAGCCCUAGGACAGAAUCCCACCGAGAGUGACGUGAAAAAGUUUACUCAUCAGCAUAAGCUCGAUGAGCGUAUAAGCUUCGAAGUCUUCCUGCCGAUUUAUCAAGCAAUCAGUAAAGCCCGAACUUCAGAUACUGCUGAUGACUUCAUUGAGGGAUUGCGUCACUUCGACAAAGAUGGCAAUGGUUUCAUUUCUUCAGCUGAAUUGAGACAUCUUUUGACAACGCUUGGAGAAAAAUUGAGUGAUGAAGAGGUAGAAACUCUUCUUGCUGGUCACGAAGACUCCCAGGGUAACAUCAAUUACGAGGAUUUUGUGCGUCAAGUCAUGUGCGGCUAGAACUUAGACUUAAUUUAUAACAACCACAAAAAUAAAAAACCACAAAAGCUUAUCCAUAAAAAUAGUAUUGAGUUAGUAAGUUUCCACUUUAAAUUCCUAAAUUAUCUAUAAUUACUAUAGUUUUUGAAUAAGUGAAAUUAAUUAAUCAAUUUGCUUAAUUAACUUACAUUAUUGAUCUUUAUGUACACUUUUUAUAUAAACAAUUGAUGAAUAGGGGAAUACGAAUUAGAUGAGUAGAUUUAAAUGUUAGUGAGUUGUGCCUUUUUCCAAGUAGAUUAUGCAUUCACUCCAACUAUGGUAAUUGUCCCUACAUGAAGAAUAGAACUUAAAUAUAUUUGAGAUGAAUACGAAAUAUACACACCAACUAAUGAUAUGUAUACAUGUAUACUUUGAUAUUACAGUCAGUAGAAAUGGACGAAGAUAAUAAAAAUUAUCUGCUGAUUUCAAGUA